AUGUCAACGAUGAUUGAGCGUGAACUACGCUUGCUGCGCACACGAUCGCUCGCCUAGCUCGGCAAACUGCUUCGUGCCCGUCUGAGAACUUAGUUGGCCGCUUCCUUCGGUCGAAUAAACACGUCCUUCAAUCGGAUUGUAUCUGUACAGUUUAACAAUUAAUCAUCCAAGGAACAAAGAAGAUAGACCACGGCUUUACUCAUCGUUUCAAACGCUCUUCCCCUCGCCCUUCUUUCUCUCUCUUCGCUGUGCAGGGGAUAUACAUACAUUUCUCUUUUUCAUCGACCCGGCUUCCCCCUUAAUAACUCGCGGCUAUUUUUGUCGUGCAUCGCGGUAGCAUGGAGUACAACGACACUCUGCUCAUCCCAGGCCAGCAUAUACGUCCACCCAUAACCGAAGAGACGGCGGCCGCUCUGCUGGAGCGGCUGUACGGGAUGCAGGCAACAAGCGUGCGCGAACUGAAUGCUUACGACGACCGGAAUUACCACGUGGUGUGUGAGUCGAGCACGAAUCCGCACGCGAUCAAUUUAGCGGAGACCGACUACGUCCUCAAGGUGAUCAACUCCUUGGACUCCCGCAAAAUUGACGUGAUCGAGGCGCAGACGGAGCUAAUGAUUUUCCUCAAUCAGCGAAACGUCUGUUGUCCCUUACCUGUAAAGAACGUGAACGGCGCGUAUUUCUCCCUGGAAAUUUUAAAGAGCGAGAAUACUAUGGAAAAGUAUGCCGUGAAACUGUUGGUCUAUCGUCCCGGUGAACUGCUGUACAACGUGAAACUGAACGAAGAAUUGUUGCGCAAUGUUGGCAGCUUCACAGCCAGAAUCGAUGAGAUUCUCAUGGGCUUCAAUCAUCCCGCCUAUGAUGAUCACAAAUCACUGUGGAUGUUGUCUUCUGUGCCGCGAGUGCAGCAGUUCACGUAUGUGAUUAAGAGCUCGUUCGAUAAACAGUUGGUACAUGACGUGAUUGUUAGCUUCCAGAGAGAGGUGUUAUCAAUCAUGGAUCAAUUGGAGCAAACGAUCAUACAUGGUGAUCUGAAUGAGCAAAACAUUAUUGUAACUCCUGAUGGCAAGGACAUUGCUGCCGUGAUCGAUUUUGGUGACUGUCACAAGACUUGUCGUGUUUUCGAGUUAGCUAUAGUUCUCUGCUACAUGAUCUUGCAAACGGCCGACGUCGGAAUGGGUAAAUAUGUCGUGGAGGGUUACGAGGAAGUCAAGAAGUUGACCGACACGGAGAAGAAGAUUCUCAAAAUCACCGUAUGUGCUAGGAUAUGUCAGAGUCUCGUAAUGGGCGCUUACUCACAUCUGCAUGAUCCCAAAAAUCAGUAUUUGCUAAGCACACAAAAAACUGGAUGGUUGUUAUUGAAGAGAUUAUGGCCUAUGAGUCAAGAAAAUGUGAUGCAAGCUUGGGGAUUGACUACUCCCUAAACGGCCUAAACAAUUGUUUGUCGAGUUAUGUAAAUAACGUAGAUUAUUGAUUUUAAUUAUAUGCAAAAUUUACUUUGAUUUUUGUAUAAAUAUUUUAUAUAUUGUGUAAAUAUUGAUUCAUUUAUAUAUACCUGGUAAAAAGGGUUAAUAUAUAAUCAAAUAUAAAUCUAAGUAUAUAUAAAUCAUAUAAUUUAUUUUCUUUUGUAUAAUUUUUGUUCAUUCUAAUUUUUUCCAUUUUUCUUGUUUACACACACAUGAAUUUAUACAAACACAGAUUAUACAAAAGAAAGAAAAAGUAUAUAGAUAAUAUAAAUAUAUUCAUAUAUCUUUAAGAAAAACAGAUAAAUAUAUAUCUGCAUAUUUUUUUCUUUUUCUUAUACUAUAUAAUUUCUAUAUUUUAUACAUAUAUAUAUUAUAUUUGAUUAUAUGGACUCUUUUACUAGGUAAUAAUUUUUCGGAAUUAGCCAAUGCUUUUAUGAUGAAUAAUUGGCAGAAUUAACAAGUAAAAUGAUUAUUAAAUCAAAAGAAAGAGAUCAAACUUGAAAUAAUUUGUUUUAAGGGAAUGUUAGCGACAUUAGUUUUACUAACUGAAUAGAUCUAUAUGUGCGUGUAUGUAUUGGUGUAAUAAUAAACAUCAACCUAUUUUUUAUAAUCGAUUCGAUAAUGCAUGCAUGUAUAAGCAUAAAUUUUCCUAAGUUUUUUCUUAGGAUUUAUAAUUUUAUAUAAUUAACAAAAAAUUUUGUCUGAAAAAUAUCGCGUUUAAUCAAUAAAACAGAUCUGUCGCCAGCAUCCCUUAACACAUAUUUGACAUAUCUUUUAUUUACAUUAGAUCACAAGUAACUACGUUAUUAGAUACCUUGAAAUGCUUAAUUAUUUAUCUACCUAUGUCGCUUUAUUAAUUAUCAAGAAUAUAUUUAAAAAACAAUUAUAUUCA